AUGCGGAGGUCCUCUCUCUCUCUCUCUCUCUCUCUCUCUCUCUCUCUCUCUCUCAUCAUAUCUUUAGAACAUUUUAUAUCUAUGUUCAGUUUCAUCAUAGCAUUUAUAAACAUGUUCUAUCUAUUUUCAGUCUCAUCAUAUCUUUUACAAGUAUUUCAUAUCUCUUUUCUGCUUCAUUUUAUCCAUUUGAAUUCUUUCCCAACUCUCUCCACAUCUAUCUAUCUCUCUCUUUUAUCUCUAUCUAUCUAUAUAUCUAUCUAUCCCAUUCUGUUGAUAUCUAUCUAUCUAUCCCAUUCUGUUGAUAUCUAUCUAUCUAUCUAUCUAUCUAUCUAUCCCAUUCUGUUGAUAUGUAUCUAUCUAUCUAUCCCAAUUCUGUUCAUAUCUAUUUGUGACGUCGUCCCCGCGGUCGCAGCGCCGACUCCGUGUGUGUGGCUGCUUAUCACCUACGAUUCGUCUCGCCUUUCUUUCUGCCUUCUUUUCUUUCUCUUCCUUUCUCUGCCUCGUAAAUGGUGCCACAUAUUUAUCUAUCUCUAUCCCAUUCUGUUCAUAUCUAUCUAUCUAUCUAUCUAUCUAUCUCAUUCUAUUCAUAUCUAUCUAUCCCAUUCUGUUCAUAUCUAUCUAUCUAUCUAUCUAUCUAUCUAUCCCUCGGCCCUUAACAGCCUUUCUCCCUUUGCUUAUCUCUCCCCAGGUACACCUCUUUCUUCACUUUCCACGAUUUUUGAGAAGGAAAGGCCAGAGAGAUAA